AUGCUUGUGAAGGAAUUUAUUGUGAACUUGUCUCAAGAUUGUGGUGAUGGAAGAACUGAUGAUUUUCAUAAGGUGUAUGUUAGAAGAAAGUGUAUAGAUCUUUCCCCUGCUGUUAUCAACCUAUAUCUAGGUAGAGAUGCUGAGGCUCAACCUGAGCUUGAAGUGACUGAUAAUGAGGUGUGCAAAGUAAUCACUGGUGGUAAGGUUAAGAAGUGGCCUAUAAAGAGCAAACUGUCUGCUAGUUCUCUUAAUGUCAGGUAUGCAUUGCUACACAAAAUUGGUGCUGCUAACUGGGUGCCUACCAAUCACACUUCUACCAUUGCUGUUGGCCUAGGAAGAUUUAUUUAUGCUGUGGGAACCAAGACAAAAUUUGACUAUGGGACUUAUAUAUUUGAUCAAACUAUGAGGCAUGCUGGUACCUCUGCUACCAAGCUCCCUAUUGCAUUCCCAUCCCUGAUAUGUGGGAUAAUCCUCAAGCAACACCCUGGAAUUCUGAAAAGUAAAGAUUCUGUAUGUAAGAGGGAGAGUGCUUUGUCUUUUCACUACAAACUGCUCCAGAGGUCUGAUGACAUGACAUCUGCUGGGACAUCACAACCCAGCAAAUCUGUGAACAAAGCCCUUCUUAUUGCUGAGCUGAAAGAGACUUGUCAGGAGUUGGAAAACAGGAAGAUAAAGCUUGAAAAGCUCAUCCAAAGUCUUGAGCAGUCUACAGAUGAUGAUCUUGCUGGUGACAAUAUGGAUGAAGACAAAGGUGCUGCUAGUGGGGCUGAGGAAGAGGCUGAGGAUGGUGAGGGCUCUGAGGAUACUGGGAGCAGUGAUGCUGCUGAUUCUGAUGACAAUACUGGUGGCUCUAGUGAUGAAGACAGUGAUGGGUCUGAUGAUUAG